UGUUAGUGGAAAGACUGUUUACUUCAGUUCAGUGUAAUUCUUGUUUCUUUUUUCUAACACCUCAGAAAAUGGGGAUUGAUUCUGGAGUCAAUAUUUCAGAAGAUGGAGGAAAAAGUGUCUUUACCCAACUGGAGCACAACAUAGUGGCUGCAUACCUUAUCACUGCAGGUGUCAUUAGUUUAACGAGUAAUAUCGUGGUGCUGCUAAUGUUUGUGAAGUUUAAGGAGCUCCGCACUGCCACAAACUUCAUUAUAAUCAACCUGGCCUUUACUGACAUAGGAGUGGCUGGUAUCGGCUAUCCUAUGUCAGCUGCCUCGGACAUCCAUGGCAGCUGGAAAUUUGGCUCCACUGGUUGUCAGAUCUAUGCAGCUCUCAACAUCUUCUUUGGCAUGGCCAGCAUCGGCCUGCUGACAGUGGUGGCCAUCGACCGCUACCUCACCAUCUGCAGACCGGACAUAGGGCAGAAAAUGACUGUGCGAUCAUACAACCUUCUUAUUCUGGCAGCAUGGCUGAAUGCUGUGUUCUGGUCCUCAAUGCCUAUAGUGGGCUGGGCUGGAUACGCCCCGGACCCCACUGGAGCUACAUGCACCAUCAACUGGAGACAGAAUGAUGCCUCUUUCAUCUCUUACACUAUGGCAGUGAUUGCUGUGAACUUUGUGGUGCCUCUAUCUGUCAUGUUUUAUUGUUACUACAACGUGUCAGUCACUGUGAGGAGAUACAGAGCCAGCAACUGCCUGGACAGCAUCAACAUCGACUGGUCAGAUCAGAUGGAUGUCACAAAGAUGUCAAUAGUGAUGGUUGUCAUGUUCUUGGUGGCCUGGUCUCCAUACUCCGUGGUGUGUCUCUGGGCAUCGUUUGGUGACCCGAAGACUAUCCCUGCUCCCAUGGCUAUCAUCGCUCCACUCUUUGCCAAGUCCUCCACUUUUUACAACCCCUGCAUUUAUGUUGUUGCCAACAAAAAGUUCAGAAGAGCCAUCAUAGGGAUGAUCCGAUGUCAAACCAGACAGCGAAUCACCAUUAGUACGCAGGUUCCCAUGACAACCUCCCAACAACCUCUGACCCAGUGAGCUGAAAAUGUAUCAGUCUCAUAUUGCAUUAAUAUGCCCUAGCAUUAAAACCAUGUAUAAAAGACUAGGAUGAAAUAACAUGAA